GACGGCAAGGCAUCAAAUCCUCCUAUCUCAAACCCUAAUCUUAAUUCCUAAUUUAUAGCUAUAUGUUUUGAAAUUUUGGGCAGUCUUCGAUCCUUGGGGAAUCAUUGCAUUUCCUCCGAAAUCGGGCGUAAAGAGGACGACUUCAGUGAAAAAUAUUAGAUUUUUACCUCGACAUAUCGGCGUAUGUGCUCUGUAUCGGGAGAUUCGGGACAGGCGUUCCGGUGACGAGGAUCCCCCACCAGCGCCUGUUCCACAAGAAGAGGAACCGGAGCCUGGGGAGUCACCGGCGGCGAGCAUCGACCGAAAUGGAUUCCACGAUCAAGGCCGCAGCGAUUGCGCCGCCACGGCCGCUGAUCAUGACGUCGGGGACGAGCGGGCGGGUGAACAGGCUGCUGUCGCUCGUCUCGCUCCGCGCCCUCCGAAGCCUGCUUCUGCUCCUGAACGGGUUCAUUCUGCUGCUGCUUCUCCCGCUCCGGCGACGGACGGUGGUGGUGUCGGCGGUGGAGGGGGAGGAAGCGGAGGGGGUGAGCGGGGUGAGGAAGGGGACGGGGGAGAGGAGGGGUGAUGGUGGUGAGGGUGCCGGCGGGGAUGGUGCCGCGGAGGCCGAUGGACUUCCCCGAGGCGGCGACGAGGCGGGGGAUGGCGAUCCGGCGGAUUGGGGUGGAGAGGGAGGAGGAUGAGGGCCGGAGGAGCGAGCGGGAGUUGGCGCUGUUCGCGACGGCCAGAGGGGAUACGCUCUUCACCCGGUCGUGGGCGCCCGUUUCCGUUCAAACCAACUGCAAAAAAGGCUACGAAAAUAUACCCGACUCACAGCCUGGGCCAGUUGCAUCGCUUGGCAGUUGGGUGUUCGUUUGGGGCUUCGCUUUUGUGGGUGUCGUUAGUCCUCAAAGGAAAAAGGCUAAUGAUGUGGCGCAUGGACGGCGAACCGCGAAGGUCGUGUUCUAGGUGUCACGUUUUGGACUUUCGGGCCCCACUAAUUUUCUUUCUCCGUAAUUAUCUUUUGGGUGUUUCAGCGCGUUAUCUUUCUUUCAUCAUUUUUUUUUUUUUGAUUAACGGUGAAUAUAAGACGCGGUCUGAGCACCGGUAAUCAUCUUAAACGAAAUGCUGAUUUUAGAUUCCUCGUUUUCUUUCUUAAUCUUAAUUCUGAGCGGUUAGAGAUUGUCCUGGGAAGCAAACCCGUCCUAGUUUUUUUUUUUUGGUAAAAUAGAGGAGCAAAACUAGAUUAAAAAAGAUAAUACAAGGUUUGGAUAUUACAAGAUAAGUAGAACACCAUAUAACCUCAAAACCAAAAUUCACAAGACAUACAGAAGAGAAAAGUAAAAUUACAACGAUAACAUAAGGGAGAUAUAGACUGAGAAAGACUGGGCAUCCUUUCCACCCCAUAAGUAUGGUAGAAGCCCACAAUUCGAAGUAGGUACUGUUGGGAUAUACCGACCGACCCUGACAUCGACUCACCGACGCUGACUCACCGACGGGUCACGAUACCGACCCACCCUCUCACGCCGACUCACCGUCGGGCCCGCCUGACCAGCGCCCGACUCUGCCGACGUCGCCCAACCGAACAUAUGUCGGUCGGGCCAACUCUCUCCCCCCCGACUAGCCGGACUGGGGAGCCUGAUAUCCGACUCUCGCAGCACCCCCGACUGUCCGUCGGAGGGUCCCUGGGCUAUCACCCGGCAUUCCUCGACCAGGCCCCGACAUACAGUCGGCCGACUCCUUCAAACGCCGUACGACCACUAGAAGCUGUCCGUCCUGACAGCGGCGUGCAGCUUAGCCACCCUGGGGCGUUAUCCCACCUAAGGCAUGGGUCAACCCUAGUGAUUUGACAGCCCCACGGCGAUUUGACAGUCCUCGACGAUUUGACAACUCUCCUAUUGUCGGCGCUAUUAAUGACGGCGCCAUGCUGCGUCCUACUAUAAAAUGG